AUUACACUUAUGGGAAGUGGGGAAGGAGGUGUGGCAGUGUAGUCUGUUGUAUAAAGGAGCUGGCUCUGUUGUACAGUGUGAGCUGGGGUGCAAGGUCCAACCGACAUGCAGGUCAAAAUGAAGAGUCUCGGUUAUCGUGCUCUCAUAUUCACGCUUCUGUUGAGCUACUCAGUCCAGGCUGCGAAAAAGCGGAAAGCCCUCAAAUCUCAAGGUACAGACUGCACACAGAUCAGAAGUCAGUCUCCAGAUGCCCCCAGUGGAGUCUACGUAAUCCAGCCUAAGGGACUCAAUAUCCGCUUCAAGGUGUACUGUGAGAUGAACUCAGAUGGAGGCUGGACGGUGUUUCAGAGGCGCAGUGGAGGCUCUGUAUCUUUUGACAGAAAAUGGGCAGCAUAUAAGAAUGGAUUUGGAAACCUGACACAGGAUCACUGGCUGGGUCUGAAGAAGGUUUUCGCAUUGACAAAGAACCAAUCCAAGAAGUGGAUCUUGAGGGUGGACCUGUGGGACCACGAAGGUGGCACUGCUUUUGCCGAGUACAAGAACUUCAGACUGGGAAAUGAGAAAACGGCUUUCAAACUCCACGUUGGGAAAUACAGCGGAGAUGCAGGUGACGCCAUCCGUGGAGCCUAUAAGGGCAUUGACCAGAACGGCUUUGGAUUCAGCACCGUUGACCGCGACAAUGACGGCUGCUCUCCGUGCCUUUUUGGAGACAUUGCUGAAACAAAAUGCUCCCUUUCGGAAGGAGGCGGUUGGUGGUACAGCCAGUGUGGCUCUGCCAGCCUCAAUGGUAACUGGCACCCUUCUGGGGAACACAUCGGCUGGGCUUCUGGUCUCCACUGGCUCACCUGGAAACCACCCGCCCCUUAUUCAGCCAAAGCCACAAGAAUGAUGAUCAAGUCCAUGUGAGGGAGAAUGUAGGAACCUUGGCCUUCAUUUUUGAUCCCUGGGUGAUGUCAAUAUGUUGCUUCAAAAUCACACUAUGAUGUUACAUCUUUCUAUUGGUUACAGUCAAAUUUGCUUCUUUGCUUUACUUUUAUACUCACGUAGUUUAUUACUUUUCAUUAUUUUUCUUUUACUUUGUAGCUGAGUUGAAUGUUACCAACAUAGUUUGUUUCUUGACUGAUGUAUUUCACCUGGAAGUUGAAGUAUUUUGGAAAUAAAUUCUUACAAUUUGGA